ACACCAUCUUGUUUCUUUAUAAAUGCUACCAUUUUUCUUUCCACAAACACUGGAAAAAGAAAAAGAAAAAGGCAAUGCACCUAUUGAACGAGGUGAAGAUGAGUUUCCCAGCUCUCUUCUUAAUCUUUUCCUUUCUCUUUUCCUUCUCUAAUGCUGCCGUGCAGGACUUCUGUGUUGCUGACUAUUCAGCUCCUGAAGGCCCUGCUGGCUAUUCUUGUAAGAAGGAAGCAAAGGUUACAGUAAAUGAUUUCGUAUUCUCGGGCCUAGGCGUUGCUGGUAAUACCUCAAAUAUUAUCAAGGCUGCUGUGACCCCUGCAACUGCAUCUGUUUUUCCGGGCUUGAAUGGCCUUGGAGUUUCACUUCUUCGGGCAGAUUUGGCCCCUGGUGGUGUUAUCCCAUUCCACACACACCCUGGAGCUUCAGAACUUGCACUUGUUGUGGACGGGACAAUCUGUGCUGGAUUUGUGUCCUCAGCCAACAAUGUCUACUUUAAAACUCUUCAGAAAGGUGACAUUAUGGUUUUCCCUCAAGGGCUAUUGCAUUUCCAAAUAAAUACAGGUAAGACUAAAGCCCUUUUUUACGCUAGCUUUAGUAGCGCAAUCCCGGGUCUUCAGAUUCUGGACUAUGCUUUGUUUAAAAACAAUUUGCCUACUGAAAUAAUAGCAGAGACUACUUUCCUUGACCCUGCUGUGAUUAAAAAGCUUAAGGGUGUUCUUGGUGGCACUAAUUAAGCUCUCCAGCAGAGUUUACCAUAAGGAUUCCAGUGAUUGUUUCUUUUCUGUCCUCUGGUAUCAGCAUCUACUGUGUUUCUUUGUCGUAAUUGAGAAGACCUGUAAGCAUGUGGUUCUUCUAAUUAGGGAUUGGUAUUAAGAGAAUUUAGCUAUUUUCUUUUGUUUGCUUUGCUUUUAGUAGUUGUGUUUAACGAGUUUAGUCUGGAUUCUGAAUAAUAAACAACAACAAGGCAGAUGCCUUCUCAGUUUGCAAUUAAAUAUGAAAGUUUGCAUGUUGUUUAUUA